CUACACGGAAGAAGUUUGACCCUCGCGAUAUUCCAUACUUUGCACUGUAAUCCAUGUGCAGUUUGAAAUAUUAUGUAGUUACUGAGUUUUAGGUUAGUACAUAGGUAGUAAAUAAUAAGUGUCAUUCCCACUUUUGCCAUUAUGUGUAGUACAAAAGACGAUUUACUUUCCGGCGCCGUUCUUGGUCAAUUUGAGGACGCAGAUUUUACAGAAAGUGAGAGUCAUGUGCCUGAACAAAGGAUAGUAGAGGUAUCCAUUGAAAACAAAGUUAAGACUUUGAGGGUUACUUUUUGUGAUGAAGAAGCUGAUGACUGCAGUGAAGAUGAAGAGGACUGGGAUUUGUAUGAUGACGAUGAUUUUGGGGACCUCACUAAACGAUACACUGCGUGCAGAGGGAGAAAUCAGCAGGCCAACAGACAAACUCCUAAAUGUGAUCCUGAAAAGAUAUCCACUCCUUCAGAUAAAGCACUGAGGAGAUUUGAAAAUAAAAUAAACCUUGAUAAACUUCAAUUUGCUGACUCUGUGAUCAACAAAGUUACGAACAUGUCACGUCAGAAAGAAGCAGACAUGUAUCGUGUCAAAGACAAAUCAGACAGAGCAACAGUUGAACAGGUGUUGGAUCCAAGAACCCGGAUGAUUCUUUUCAAAAUGCUUUCAAGAGGAGUUAUAUCUGAGAUUCAUGGCUGUAUUAGCACUGGCAAAGAGGCUAAUGUGUACCAUGCUACGACAACAAAGGGGGAGAAUAGAGCUAUAAAGAUUUACAAGACCUCUAUUUUGAUGUUUAAAGAUCGAGAUAAAUAUGUUAGUGGAGAAUUUCGGUUCCGACAUGGUUACUGCAAAGGAAAUCCAAGAAAAAUGGUAAAAACAUGGGCAGAAAAAGAAAUGAGAAAUUUAGUCAGAUUACAUUCAGUAGGAAUACCUUGUCCUGAACCUAUUAUGCUGAGAAGUCAUGUUCUUGUGAUGGGCUUCAUUGGUAAGAAUGAAGUGCCUGCACCGCUGUUGAAAAAUACCCAGCUUUCCGAGUCCAAGGCACGGGAACUGUACCUCUCCAUUAUCCAGUACAUGAGGGGGAUGUACCAGGAUGCUCGACUUGUGCAUGCGGACUUAAGUGAAUUUAAUAUGCUAUACCAUAAUGGAGAAGCGUACAUCAUUGAUGUCUCACAGUCUGUGGAACAUGAUCAUCCACAUGCUCUGGAGUUCUUACGAAAAGACUGCUCAAACAUAAAUGAUUUCUUUCAGAAGCAUGGUGUGGCUGUGAUGACAGUCAAGGAGCUCUUCGAGUUUAUAACGGACCCAUCAGUUACAGACAAGAACAUUGAUGAGUACUUGGAGAAGGCAAUGGAAAGAGCUUCAGCAAGAACUGAUGAAGAAAGAUCAAACCAGGACAAAGUGGAUGAGGAGGUGUUCAAGAAUGCUUAUAUUCCAAGAACUCUUAAUGAAGUUAAGAAUUAUGAAAGAGAUGUUGACAUCAUGAUGAAACUAAAGGAAGAGGACAUGGCUUUAAAUAUGCAGCAUGAUAAUAUUCUAUACCAGACGGUGACGGGAUUGAAGAAGGACUUAUCUGGUGUUCAGACGGUACCUGCUAUUCUUGAGAACAAAGACAGUGAGGAGCUUACAGAAUCAGAAGAUGCUGAUAGCAACACUGACUCCGAUUCCCAGUAUGGGUCUGAGAAAGAAGAGGAUAGUAUUCAUCCUAAGGAUCGACCACAGGAAUCAGUCGUAGAUAAAAAGGAAAGAAAGAAGGUAGUAAAAGAGGCACAGAGGGAGAAGAGGAAAACAAAGGUUCCCAAACAUGUUAAAAAGCGGAAAGAGAAGCUAGCGAAAACAAAGAAGGGCAAAUAGGAAAUUAUUUCAUAUUGACUUGCCAUUGUGAGAAAUUAUUAACAGUCUGUUUGCCAUACAUUAAGAAGAAAACAUAAAAGCGUUGACAUCCUUAUCUGCACCUGACAUCUGAAGGCAUAGUGUAACUCACUGGAUGAGUUCUGUAAUUAAGGAGUAAGGCUCUUCGAUGUUGAAAUGGACACUUUCUGUAACACUUCAAAGUUUGUUGGUUUAACAUUAGGUGUGUAGAAAGCAUUGGUGCACAGACUUUUAGCUUAAAACUAGACAGAACUGGGUCAGCCAUCAUUGUACUUGACAAAAAAAAAUCAAUCCUUGAAGAGUAAGACGUCAUUAAAUUAUGUUCCAUGCAAGACCUAUCAAAUAUCUUUGCUGCACCCCCCCCCCCCCUUCAUCUUGAGCUUGGUGCUGCAGGUUCGAAGUACAUCUCAUACUGUUGUAAGGACGUAGUUUUGUCAUUUGUUUAAAAUAACCGCCUGUGCAUUGUGCAUGUAGUAUGCUGCUACUUUUUUCCUUGCCAUUUAAAGGUCAAAUGACUUAAGGUAGAUAACUGAGGCAUCAGUCAGUGGAACUUCAGCCUACAAAUGCUGUUCUGUAUUGAAGGACUCUUAAUAACUAGCUUACAACCUUUCUGUUUGGACUGUUUACUGAUUGCAGCAAUUACCACAGACACAGGUGUUGUUCCAUUGUUUCAGAAAUAAACUGAAUGUUAAAGCCUGGUAUCUAUUUUUUUAAAUAAUACCUUAAUAAACUAAAUGCUUCUUGUACACAGAG